UCCAUGGGUAAAUCUCAAAGCAAACUCUCCCCAGAGCAACUCGCUGACCUCCAAAAGAAUACAUACUUUGACAAGAAAGAGUUACAGCAAUGGUAUAAGGGCUUCCGGAAAGAUUGCCCAUCAGGCCAUCUCGACAAGACUGAAUUCAGUCGAAUAUAUAAACAGUUCUUCCCCUUUGGCGACCCGUCGGAAUUCGCCGAUUAUGUCUUUAAUGUUUUCGACGAGAAUAAGAACGGCACCAUCGAUUUUAAAGAGUUCAUCUGUGCUCUCAGCAUCACAAGCAGAGGCCGAUUAGAUGAAAAGCUCAAAUGGGCCUUCCAACUAUAUGAUAUAGACAAGGACGGCACCAUCACCUACGACGAGAUGUUGCAAAUCGUGCAAUCCAUAUACAAGAUGACUGGCGAGAUGGUCAAGCUGCCUUCCGACGAGGAUACACCUGAAAAGCGCGUCGACAAGAUCUUUAGAAAUAUGGAUAGAGAUAAGGAUGCUAAACUCACCUAUGAAGAGUUCGUAGAGGGAAGCAAGCAGGACCCCACGAUUGUGCAGGCGCUUUCCUUGUAUGAUGGAUUGGUGUAGUGAUAAGAUUUCGCGUCGCUGUCUAUGUAUUUCUCCUUCUUAUCUCAUCGUCUUUGCUCCGUCGACAACGUACCACACCUAGAUGGGACAAGCAGAGCCUAGUAAUAUCAGGCUUAUCUACUCCGUCGAAAUUUGAUGUAUACUUCGCGAGAGGUAGCGGUUGAAGAUGAGACGCACUCAAUACCAUCAGUUUAUUUUGCCAGUUUACCAUAUUUCUGCAAAACUCUGUCUUCUACAUUCUUUCCAACCCACGUGUAUAGGCUUUCGGCAAACUCGAGAUUGUCUUUUUCUGCUUUGAAGAGCUUAUUGAAGUCUUGUGGGCCAGCAGGUGCCGCUGCAGCAUUCGCGAACGGAGAUGCAGUCAUAUCCCGUGAAGAAUCGGCCGAAUUGUCGUUGCCCAAAAUUAGACGGUAAAGGCCAUUCAGGCCAAAGAAGUUGAGGAAGUACCAGGAUAGGGAGGAGACCCAGCGAACAUCCAUAUCUGGGGUCUCUAUGCCACGCUGAAGCAUAGAUUUGAAUCCCAAGGUCAAAGGAAACGGAAGUUUGAUGAGAACGAAACCUUGGAAGAAAAAGUUGAUCCAACCCAUGAUGAUCAUCUGCGGCACCAUCAUCACCAUUUGGGUUUUCAUGCCAGCCAUCAUUCCUUCCAUUGCAGCAGGAUCUGUGAGAGGACUGGGAGGAGUGGUGGGAGCGUCGCUCUUCGGUGGUCCGUCUUUAAGAUACGUUCCAUUCGUGAAGGCUUCCGACAAAUGUCUGGAGAUAGGUGCGUAGAAUGUUGGGGGCAAUGGUGAAUUGGCUGACGUAGCCCGAAGGAUCUGCGCACGCGCUAGCGCUCUUUGCUCACGAAUUGCAGCCCUUGAUUGUUUUUUUGGAGUAGAUUGCAAUAAUAGAACGA